CAGAGCGUCUGGACGCUCGCAUGGAAACCCACGUGAAUGCAUUGCGUUUGGUUUAAAAAAAAAUAAAUGCGGUUUGAAACCGUAAACAAGCAGACGCUUGAACGACUGAAUCAGGAUGUUUUGUCGUCUCUCGGCAGUGAAAGAGGAGCCAUGCAGCAGGCCGGCCGUUCACGAGUGUUUAGGGGAGGUCCUGCGUGUUUUGCGGCAGGUCAUCAACACGUACCCUCUGCUGAACACGGUGGAAACGCUCACCGCGGCCGGAACGCUCAUCUCAAAGGUCAAAGGGUUCAGUUAUGAAGGCACCACUGACGCCCAGAAGAAAGACUUUGAGAAGGCCAUUGAGACCAUAGCUGUGGCCUUCAGCAGCAAGUAA